AUUGAUAGCGCUAGCGAGAAGUUGCACGAGGUGGCGGCUGAGGGAAGUGGAGCAGAGCUCACCUCAGAAGCGGCUCGCGAGAAGCGGAUCCGGAAAAGGACGAAGGAGCAGCUGAUCACUUCUAUCCAGAGAAGAGCCAUGACGCACAAACAGUUGCACGGGUGUAGCAGCCCCCACUUCCUGAUCCCCUUGUAUACGGAGAUUUUGAUGCACCCCAGGCUACAGGAAAGCAUAAAAUACCACAACCCCGAUGACGACGACGACCUGGAGGCUCCUCUCCGCACGGCUUUGCACGAGGAACGCGACGAGGACUAUUCCCUGAAAAUUUUUCACCAUGAUGGCCACCAUGAUCCAAUUUGUCACGCAAAACAUCUAGCAAAUGCACAUGCAGCAAAAUUAUCUGUGUUUUGUCAUACAAAAAAAUUAUGGGGAUGUCGUUUGAUUUUCAGGGAAUAUGAUGGUGGAACUGGAACAUGACGACGACGAGGCCUCAGCCGCCUCCGCGCCGGAGUACGUCGGGACUGCGGAGCUGUCUGUCCCGCUGUACGCCUUAUGCAUUGCAAAAGCAAGAGCGCACUAGUAUAAAUCGC